GGACGCCGCGGCUGGGCCCAAGAUGGACCUUCCGAAGCUGCUCGCCGCCCCGACCGCGCGCGGAGCCCAACAUGGCGGCGGCGGCUGCCCUGGCCGACUCCGCCGAGGCCCGGGGCCACCGCCCAGCCCGGGCCCCGCGCGCCGCCGCCUGCUACUGCUGCGGGGCUCCGAAGAUGGCGGGCCAGGGCCGCUGCGCGGGGAGGCCCCGGCGGCGACAGCGGGCCCGGGGCCGAGCCCCCCGCCCCCCGAGGACGGUGGCGACUCUUUCGUGGUGCUGCUGGAAGUGGCGCGCGGCGGUGCGGCCGAGGACCCCGGGCGGCGGGAGGUGGGGUCCGGCGCUGGCGCGAGCCCAAUCACCCACUCCGAGCCGGGCCCCAGCUGCGCAGCCGCCGCCCCCGGGUCCGGCGCGGCUCUCGCGGGCACCGUCACUAUUAACAGCCAGGACCUGCUGGUGCGCUUCGAUCACGGCGUCUUCACGCUGGCCGCCGCGCCGCCGCAGCCGGGCCAGCCUCCCCGAGGCCCGCCCGCGCCACCGGGCGAGGAGGUCACGAGCCCGGCCGAGGGCCGCCGGGGUCCCCAGGGUCCGGGCCCUAGUGCCCCGGGCUACCGCUGUCCCGAGCCGCAGUGCACGCUCUCCUUCGCCAAGAAGCACCAGCUCAAGGUGCACCUGCUGACGCACGGCGGCAGCCAGGGCCGGCGGCCCUUCAAGUGCCCGCUGGACGGCUGCGGCUGGGCCUUCACUACCUCCUACAAGCUCAAGCGGCACCUGCAGUCGCACGACAAGCUGCGGCCCUUCGGCUGCCCGGUGGGCGGUUGCGGCAAGAAGUUUACCACCGUGUACAACCUCAAGGCACACAUGAAGGGCCACGAGCAGGAGAACUUGUUCAAGUGCGAGGUGUGCUCCGAGCGCUUUCCCACGCACGCCAAACUCAGCUCCCACCAGCGCAGCCACUUCGAGCCGGAGAGGCCCUACAAGUGUGACUUUCCCGGCUGUGAGAAGACAUUCAUCACAGUGAGUGCUCUUUUUUCCCAUAACCGAGCUCACUUCAGGGAACAAGAACUCUUUUCUUGCUCCUUUCCUGGGUGCAGCAAACAAUAUGACAAAGCUUGUCGCCUGAAAAUUCACCUGAGAAGUCAUACAGGUGAAAGACCUUUUAUUUGUGACUCUGACAGUUGUGGCUGGACCUUUACCAGCAUGUCUAAACUCCUGCGACACAAAAGGAAACACGAUGACGAUCGGAGGUUUACUUGCCCUGUUGAAGGCUGUGGGAAGUCAUUCACCAGAGCAGAGCACCUGAAGGGCCAUAGCAUCACCCACCUGGGCACAAAGCCAUUCGAGUGUCCCGUGGAAGGGUGCUGUGCCAGGUUCUCUGCCCGUAGCAGCCUCUACAUUCACUCCAAGAAACACCUGCAGGACGUGGGUGCUCCGAAAAGCCGUUGCCCAGUGUCCAGCUGUAACAGACUCUUCACCUCCAAGCACAGCAUGAAGGCCCAUGUGGUCCGGCAGCAUAGCCGGCGCCCAGAUCUCUUCCCUCAGCUUGGAGCUCCGAGUUCUCUUACACAUAGCAGUGAACUUAGCAGCCCAGGCCAAAGUGAGCUGAACAACCUAGACCUGGCAGCGCUCUUCUCUGACGCACCUGGAGAUGGUGGUAGUGCGGCAGGGGCCUCAGACGAGGCACUGAACUCUGGCAUCCUGACUAUUGAUGUAACUUCUGUGAGCGCCUCACUCGGAGGGAACCUUCCUGCUAAUAAUAGUUCCUUGGGGCCCAUGGACCCCCUGGUGUUGGUGGCCCACAGUGACAUUCCUCCAAGCCUGGAUAGCCCUCUCGUUCUUGGGUCAGCAGCCACCGUUCUUCAACAAGGCAGCUUCGGUAUGGAUGACGUACAGACUGUAAACGCAGGAGCUUUAGGCUGUUUGGUAGCUCUGCCUGUGAAGAACUUGAGUCCGGACCCACAGGCUUUGACCUCAGGUGGUCAUUUAACAGAUGCCACCUCCACCCUGACCUCUUCGAGCCCCCCACCUGGAGACACCGGUGGCCCAGAGUUGCUGGCUCCAAUCAAAGUGGAACCGGCCUCGCCUCCCAGCCCCGACACUGUAAGGCAGCAGGAACGGAGCCGAGGGGCGCCCAGGUCGGUGUUCUGCAGCCCUGCGGAAAAGCACAGUCCUCAGAAAGACACGGGGCUCAGUGCGGGGACCGGCAGCUUCUAUUUGCUGUGUGACGUUGGGCUGCCUCGAUUCUCUGAGCACAGAUGGUGUGUGGUGAAUGGGUUACAGGAAAGUGGGGGCUCAGCAAGAACUGAUUCUCGAGCCAUUCAACUAGCCAAGAAAAAAAAGCAGAAAGGAACUGGGAGCAAUGCAGGAGCCUCAGGGUCCGCUCAGAGGAAAAUGAAAGGUGGCAAAGUCAGUCCUACUCACUUGCACAUGAGCCAGCCUGGCUGGUUGUGUGGGAACCUUGUGGUGCCCAGUGGAGGUCAGCUAGCACCGGCUCCGGCAGCCGGAGUGCAGUGCGUUCAGCUCCAGCUACUGCAGGACGAGCCCUCAGGCGAAGCAGCCUCAUCAUCGGUUCUCAGUCCGCAGCCUUCUGCCCUCCACCCCCUGUUUGCUGUCGAUUUGCCCGUCUAUGUCCUCCAGGAGGUGCUUCCUGCAACUGGAGGGGCUGUCAGGCCUGAGGACAUGCAGUGUGCGGGGAGCACCAUUAACCUUCGGGACCUGCAGUGACCACGGCCCUUUUCCCCAGGGACCCAAGGGCGGCGCCUCCAGCCUGUGGCCUUGAGACUCCGUUAGGUGGUCUUACAGGCCUGGGGGAGAUCCCACUAGGUUUCUGCUCAGGAGGCUCGCUGAGCUCCUCGGAGACUUUUGGGCAUGCUUCUCAAAAAUGUUUUUCGUACGUUUUAUCAGGAACUGGUUUGGGGCAGUAUUUGUGGAAAUUGCCUUAUAGGAACAUGAGGCAAGGCUUGCCCUCAGGGCCAAGCACAUGCUUUUCCCAGACUUGGCUGCACACCGAUGUCCCUUGUCCCAUUUGAGCGAAGCCAUGGAGCCCCUGCUGCAUGAGAAGAAACUUAGGCAGGAGGUAUGGUAGAGUACAGAUUCCCUAGUCAGAUAGGACUCCAUCUGUGGUAAAAGCAGAUGGGAUCUUUCACCUUUUGUGCUUCAGCAUUUGGUCUGAGAAAGAUCUAGAAACUCUUUCCCCUUUCUGAGAGCUAGCAGGCUGGUUCCCAUCCCCGGGGUGGUGGCUGUGCUUGGGCUGACUCUGUCAGCCCAAGGGGCAGAAGUGGUCCCGUUGUCACAGUGAAGCCAAAUUCGAAUCCCUGUUUUGGCAGAGCAGGCAGGGGAGCUCGUGUGAGGGGGAAGGAGAUGGGGGUGAAGAGGGGCACACUGGGGCCCUGUUAGCAACCCCUCUGCAUGGAGGCCAAAUGUAAAGCUCCUAAUUUGGAGAUGUAAACUUUACGUUUUUCUAAAUUCUGUAUUUGGGUAUUCAUGUUUAAUACUAAUUUGUCCAUGGUUUCUAAAGUCACGGUCUGAGUCCUGAACAUGACGUGUGGGGCAGCGAGAACGUGUGUCUGCUUGUCCAGGCUGUACACGUGCAUGUUCUGUGUGGCCGUGCAUUUUUACGGAGUGCAGUCUGUCUUGCACAGGAGGCAAGCCUAUGACCUUGCACAUAUUUAUUUGUUUGUUAGUGGGACUGUCCAUGGGGUCACUCAGAAAUGCUGUUUUUCGCCGUGUGCCUUUGAGGCUUAUAUUAAUCCAAAUACUGUUUUGGUUCUUGAAUUUGGAAUUGUCCAAACUCUGCCUGUUCUUUGUUUCUUCAUUUCUUGAGUUUUUGGCCUUGGGCUUUUGGGAAUGACCCCAGCAUUUGGUGGGGAGUCCUAUCUCUGUCCUCCUCCUCUGAGGUGCUGCUCUCCAGGUGCUUCUCCAUCUAGGGAGAACUCAGGCCCUGUCAGAAAUGGUAUUUACCCACAGAACUCUGUGCUGUGUCACAGACUAAAGUUUUGUCCGCCUGGCCUCUCAGCCUCCAAGUCACCAGCAGCCCCCUCCCUCCAUGAGGAGCCAGCCUGCCUGCCAGGGUGGUCUUGGGGGUUGGGUCGCCUAGUGGCCGCACUGCCCUGUCCUUCUGUUGGGAGGAAGGGCUGGGCCAUGGGAAUGCUCUCACUGGGUUGGGUGGUUGGAACAUUCCCCAGAACAUUCUCCUGGGAAUGUCCACCACUGAUAAGACUGAUACUGGCUGUCAGUUUUUUGGGCACUGAGUUCUGUGGUGACCAUGGGCCCAACUUCUAGUACAAAUGAAUAAAAAUUUGUGUACAGUCAUGUA